AUCAUUUUUUCAAUUCUUAGUGAGAAAACAAUAACAUUUGUAUCUACUGGCUUUUAUACUAAAUCGUAGGCACCUACUUAAAUUACGUAUUAAGUAGGUACGUUAUCAGCAUUGGAGUUGUUUUGUUAACUUAUCAGUUAUAACAUAAUGCUAUAUAUUAAAAUACAUUAUCACUAUUAUGGUCAUUUAUAAGUCAGCUACAGGUUCUAAAGAGGUCAUUUAGGUUUCAAACCAGCAAAACAAAGUUACCAUGGCUUCCCGUAAAAGAGUUUUUGAGUUACUAAGGACUAUCAAUAUUGCUUCUUGCCAAUGCCCCGCACAUAGUCACAGAGGUAACUUUCAUGUUACAAAUUCAACAAUCUCCAAGGACUAUGCUUUUGAGAUAAAAUGCACAACAGUGAGGUAUGGCCUCGGUGUUACUAAGGAAGUUGGACAAGACCUGGUCAAUCUUGGUACGAAGAAUGUCUGUGUGAUGACUGAUCCCAAUGUUGUGUCGCUAAAGCCAAUGAAAGCUGUACUGGACUCUCUGACGAGAAAUGGAGUUAAUUACAAAGUAUAUGACAGGGUCAAAGUAGAACCCACAGAUUCAAGUUUCAAAGAUGCUAUCAAGUUUGUCAAGGAGGGCCAAUUUGACGGUUUCGUAGCGAUCGGUGGUGGCUCAGUCAUGGAUACAUGCAAGGCGGCGAACCUUUACUAUUGCGAUCCGAAUGCCGACUUCCUGGACUACGUGAACCAGCCGGUGGGCAAAGGGAAACCGGUCACAGUUCCGUUGAAGCCUUUAAUUGCAAUUCCUACAACAAGUGGCACAGGCAGUGAAACCACAGGAAUGAGUAUAUUCGACUUCGAAGAAAUCAGCGCGAAGACCGGUAUAUCCCACUCAGCAUUGCGCCCCAUUUUGGCUUUAAUCGACCCCCUACAUACGCUCACAGUUCCCCGAAAUGUCGCUAUAUUUUCCGGGUUCGACGUAUUCUGUCACGCCCUCGAGAGUUUUACGGCAAUUCCGUAUACGGAACGAGGGCCAGCUCCGGAGAAUCCGGCGCUAAGACCAGUCUAUCAAGGGAGCAAUCCGAUAUCAGAUGUUUGGGCUCGAUUUUGUUUGCAGUCUCUCCGCAAAUACUUUUCCCGUUCCGUGCACAACCCUGACGAUAUAGAAGCUCGGUCUAGCAUGCAUCUCGCGGCAACUAUGGCAGGUGUGGGCAUAGGAAAUGCGGGCGUGCACCUUUGCCAUGGCCUAGCGUACCCCAUCGCUGGGAACGUGAAGGGAUAUGUACCGGAGGACUACGGCUCCGAACCGAUAAUACCCCACGGACUAGCAGUAUCAAUAACUGCUCCUGCAGUAUUCCGCUUUACGGCGAACAGCGAUCCCGAGAAGCACCUCGAAGCAGCUGAACUCCUCGGCGAAGAUGUCUCUGCGAAGAAACGAAACGACGCUGGGAACGUACUAGCAGAAGUCAUUUUGAAGUAUAUGGAUCUUUUGGAUAUUGACAAUGGAUUAGCUGCUUUGGGGUACUCAGCUGAAGACAUACCUAGCUUGGUAAAAGGAGCAUUGCCCCAGCAUCGUCUGUUAAAAUUAACGCCAGUACCACAAUCUGAGGAAGAUUUAUCGAAACUAUUAGAAGACUCGUUGACUAUAUACUAAUAAUAAUGUGAUUAUAUGAAUUAAGAUUAAAUAUAUACAUA